AUGGAGGGCCGGCCUUUUACAGGUAAUUCUCAAUAUCAAUAUCAAUCUGCACAGUGGUCGCGACUGGUGCGGCGCAAUACCCAGACCGAUUCAAAUUCCAGCUCGCCGAGUAUUCCUGGUCUCCCUCAGCUUCCAAGUCAAUUUAUUCCCAUUCUUCUUCCCCAACAAUCCUCUUUUCACCACCAACAACUUGCACAGUACAACAGGCUCAUUUCUUUAGGCAGUAACCCCAGACUGCAAACCGCACCACUUCCCCCGUUACUUUCAGCACAACAUAUUCAGGCUGUGCCCGGGCAGAUAUCCAGCUCGAGUGGCGUUACCACGGAACGAAAACAUAAACCUGCUGCGAGGGGCGGUCAUGGGAAUAGGGACGUACGAAAUUCUAGUAAAGGCGAGCGCGCGCUCGUAACAGAGAAGGAGACAUCAACAAUGAUGCCGGGCAAGAAAUUUGAGUUGACAACUCAACUCCCACCACGACCAGUUGCACAACAUCAAAAUUCUACAUUAUCUCGAGAAUCAAAUUCCGUACCUUCUACACCACAUCAACAUGCGAGGAACUUUUCUUUCGAAUCGAGAGAGCCUUCGCCGAGUGCCCCUGGCAGUCAUUCCCCGAGAUCAGCAUAUUCCGAAUCGAAUAUAACUCUACCCUCAAGGCCACCUCCCGCCCCACGAAGAGGAUGUCCAUAUGAAACGGCAAUGGCUUUCACAAAACGGCGCAUGGCUUACAGCCUUGGGACUGAUCGAUUGGAGCAAGUGAAGGAUUCUGACGUCAAAAGCAAACUAUCUGAAGAUGAAGAGAGGAAAUUGUCCACAGACAUGCGCGAAUUGUAUGAUCGAUUAUUACCCACGGCGGAGACUGAUGAGAGAAAGAGGAAUAUGGUGUCAAAGUUGGAAGAUAUGUUCAAUAACGAGUGGCCUGGGCAUGAUAUACGGGUACAUGUUUUUGGAUCAUCUGGCAAUUUACUUUGUACAGAUGAGUCUGAUGUUGAUAUAUGCAUAACGACCGACUGGAAGGACAUGGAGGGUGUAUGCAUGAUUGCUGAAUUACUCGCAAAGAAUGGUAUGCAAAAGGUAAUAUGUGUAUCGACUGCGAAAGUUCCAAUCGUCAAGAUAUUUGAUCCGGAUCUCAAGUUGUUCUGCGAUAUGAACGUCAACAAUACUCUUGCCCUGGAGAACACUCGAAUGAUCAAGACAUAUAUUGAGAUUGAUCCCCGAGUGAGGCCCUUGGCUAUGAUCAUCAAGCAUUGGACAAAGUCAAGGGUUAUCAAUGAUGCUGCAUUUGGUGGCACAUUGAGCUCAUAUACCUGGAUAUGCAUGAUCAUCAAUUUCCUACAGAGUCGAGAACCUCCCGUAUUACCAGCACUGCAUCAACGACCUCACCUUAAGAUGCCAACGAAGGACGGUGGUGAGAGCAGCUUCGCAGACGAUAUUGACGCUUUAAAGGAGUUUGGUGAGAAGAACAAGUCAACACUGGGCGAACUUCUGUUCCAGUUUUUUCGGUUCUAUGGGCACGAAUUCAAUUAUGACAAGCAGGUUGUUUCGGUUCGAAAUGGAAAGCAAAUAUCGAAGCAGGAGAAGGGUUGGUCGAUAUCAACGAACAAUAUGUUGUGCGUGGAAGAGCCAUUUAAUGUUGGUCGCAAUCUUGGGAAUACCGCAGAUGACUUCUCUUUCCGCGGGCUUCACAUGGAGAUGAGGAGGGCAUUUGAUUUGAUAUCUGUUGGUAAACUGGAUGAGUGUUGUGAAAAGUUCGAAUUUCCAAAAGAGGAGGAGCGAGUUUGGGAGAAGCCACCACCAUCUAAGAAGCCAACAUUGACUGCUAGUCAUCCUCCGCAUAGGAAUAGUAGAGGAGGUCAUCGCGGUGCUCGUACUAAUCAUUCAAAUCGCAAUUCGUCAAAUGGCAGUCGCAGAUCAUCGAAUAGUAAUUACGAUAAUCAGAUGUAUCAACAACCUGGGAUGCCGCCAAGUAUAUCUACGCAAGAACACUGGGUUCAGCAACACGCGCAAGCACAGUUGCACAACCACCUUUACACGACAUAUUCGGUUUUACAGGCUCAAGAAAAUACUCUACGGAUGCAGUUAAUGCAACAGUCGUAUGCGGAGGCUCAUGCUCAGGCUCAGGCGCAUGUAUAUGCACAGUCCCAAGGCCGAAUGCACAGCGGUGGCAUGCCGAUUAAGCAACAAGCAAGUGAUAGACAUCGAACUACCUCAUUUGAUCAAGGGCCAAUGACAGCACCUAUCCGACCAGAAGGUAUGUAUUUCUAUCCUCUUCAGUAUGCUGGGCAACCCAUGUAUGCAUAUCCAACCUCGAAUACGAACCCAUCGUCACCACAGUUGAGUGCUGUUGUGCCCGAGUUGAGAAGAGGUAUGCAUCGGUCCACUGUCACAAAUGCCUCGGGUUCCAACAUGGUUCAAUCGAAUGGGUCCAUUAGGUCACAUUCACAACCUGGGACUCGCACUACUCCCUCGCCUCUUUUGUUACAAGGGAAUGGUCAUCCAGGGCUUGGUGCCAAUGGACUUGGAGUAUAUCAACCAUUACGACAGCAGCCCAAUGGAGUUCCUAUCUCGAAUUUCAUUGCGGACGAGACCACGGAGCAAGGAUAUGAGUCGAGGCGAACGGCCACUACUCCACCGGAGCUUAGUACGCCAAAGGAGUAUGUUGGAUACUACGUCAAUGAGCCAGCACAGACAUAUCCCCGCAGGGAUAUGCCUUUAGCGAUACCUUCUUUCGGAGACAUGUCAGGAAAUCGACGUCGAUUGUCAACUGAUCAACUCCCACAAUCAAUUCGUGAUCGAAUUAAGCGUAAUCCUUCGCGGUCGCCUUCCCCCCUAGGACACGAGAGACCUUUCUCCCUGGCACAAUCCACUCCAGCUCAGCAUACCAUGUCAAGUUCCAAUCUCCGUACCUUGAAUAAUCAUGGACCUUUGGUAGUGAAUGGUUCGUCUUCUACAGGAGGAUUUAAUUCAAGGCUUGAACCUACUCUGGCAAGUGAAGGAGUCGUGUUUCCAGAUAAAAGUUCCCACGUCAAAGUAUCGGUUGAGUCAAUUUCCCAAGCGUCUGUUGCUGAGAGUGAUAUCUCAUCCGGGGAAGAUCUUUCCGGGCAACUUACACCGAGAGAUCGACGAACCUUUCCAAGCGAGGGUUCCCCUUUGGUCGUCAAUGGAUCUAGCGCCAAUGUGACUCCCACCAAUGGUUCGACUAGUCAUCAAUCUGUCACGACAAACGGAUUGUCCCCUGCGGAAGAUCUCAAUGGGUCUUCACGGUUGUCACCCAAUUCGAGGAACAGACUCGCCCAUCAUACCCAAAAUGACGGUAUGCCACACCUCGAUAUUGCGUCGGGUCACAAUGACAUCCUUCAAAAUGAUUCUACCAAUCUUUCACCCGUAUAUGAGACGCGCACACCUUCGUCGAUGAACAGGAAGUUCGAAAGUUUGGAAUCGAAUGGAUCUCCCGCAAAUUCGGAAAAGAACAAACCCGAGCAUUCAAAAACGAAUCUAAAACCUUUAGUAGGGACCGACCAACUAGUCAAGCAAUCUACCUCCAAUUCAAAACAGAAUGGUCAUACUAGAUCCGCCAAGAGUGAGGGUAGUGGAGCCGGAGCAUCUUCCGGAAGCUGGCAGCAAAUUCCCAAGGGAAAAAAGGGGCGAGGUCUUCCCUCUGCUAAGGCUGCCAAUGGCGGUCAUUCUCAUGGUGAAAAACUCCCAGUCAACGAAAGUGAACGCAAGGGUGGUUAG